UUGAUAGAAGCAACCAAGUUCAGAAUCUAUAUUGAUAGUACAUCGAAACGUGUCGUCUCGUUGUCGAUUCGCUUUCGGCCACAGCCACUGAAUAUUCGAUUUGGUCGAGCACUUGCUGUGCUCGGAUGCGGCGUGUUCUGCUCCAGCACAGCUGGUGAGUAUUAG